UAGUUGAUUCUAUUGCCUGAUUUAUACAUGUGUGGCUUUAUUUUUACAUACGCAGAUAUUACUUAUGUAAAGCUAGAUAAAUGGCAUUACAGGUUUCUAGUAUAAUUUUGCCAAGAGCUUGAGGUGAUAAGUAUUAUCGCAGAAAAUUUAAGACAUUCGUAAUGACCAAUAGACUACCUCACUGUCCAAGGCCCUAGAUCACGUGGCCGUGGUAGGCCUAACAAGCACUGGCUGAACGUCGGGAAAGCGGACAUGGAAGAGAACAAUCUCACACCUGAGGAUGCGCAAGACCGGGCAAAAAGUGGAGAAGAUUAAGAAGGAAAGCGGACCCUGGCGCUAGGCCGAGAUAACGCUAGGUUGAAGAAGAAGAUUCGUAAUGAUCUUCCACUAGCAAGGAAUCGCAAUGUUUCUGUUAAUUUCUCAUGAGGAGAUAUAGUGGUUCUCAUAAUAGUGUCCUGCUUUUUAAUGUAAGGUGUCAUAAUUGUUAAAAACUUGUACGAGUAGUACGUUUAGAUAAGUAAUUUCGGUAAUCUACAGGAUAGAUUUUGAAUUCAUUCAAUAAAUUGACAUGGCUUAGCUGAUUUAUUUUUAGCAUCCCAUUCCUUAUAUAACACUUUACGGCCCUUUCCUUUCUUACUUAUUUAGUUCGUAUUUCUUGCGCUUUAUAAUUUAAAAAAAUAACGUUCCCUGGCGUGUAUGGCCAGCUUUAGAUCGGAAACCAGAUGUACCAUCAGGUUCAAAUUUGCAUGGACAAUUUAUGAAUGAUUUCAUUCAUAACUUGUCCAUGCACUUUUGAACCCUACUUUACAUCUUACUUACAUCUUACUUAAUUAAUACAAGAAUACAAUUCUUGCCUUCGGCCUCCGUAAUAGCUGUCUCACGUAAUAACACGUUUCACGUAAACCAUUGCGGCUGUGUCCCUAAAACAACCUGACUGCAUUUUUGUCUUUAAAUCGGACUCACACUUGACUGUAUAUUUCUAAUAGGUUUUCCUGGUAUCUUUAGAUAAAGAACUAUUUUGUGUUUUUUUACUGUAUUUUGUUUGUCCAUUUUGUUGAAUAACUUUUAAACUAUACUAAAAUUAUAAAAAUAUAUAUUUAUGAUUCUCACAAUGAGCCCUUUCAUUAAAUAUAUAAUGCAAUAUAAUUUGAAAAACUUUGUGUUUUAAUUUUCUUACUUACCUCCUAAUAGUAGUCAAAAUUCAAUCGUUGACGUUACAUCCAUCUUUGGGUCACUGUCUUACAUAUGUGUACCAAAUUUCAACUUAAUUGGUCCAGUAGUUUCGUAGCAAACAGGCUAUGACAGACGGACAGACAGACGCACGAGUGAUCCUAUAAGGGUUAUUUUUUUUUUCUUUUUGAGGUAUGGAAGCCUAAAAAAAGGGAGUCGAAACUGCUAAUGAAACAUACAAAAAAGAUGUCAUGUGAGGUACGAGUAGACUAAAACGGUAUACAAAAAAAAGUUAGAAACAUUGAAUUGCUGGAGGGAUAUAUCCUCAUUAUAAAGCCCACGACCGCUGAAAGAUCAGCACGGUUUGGGGAUAAAGAAAUAACUUGCACUAGUUCCCGGUCACAUUUCAUCACUAGCCGGACUAUCUGAGACAAAAGCAAAUGCCACGCUAUAUUACCCACUAAUUGUGAGCCUCGUGCGCUGAAUACAGGAGAUGAGACAAGUACUAGUGUUAAAAUCUUCAUUACCAUUUUAAUUGUUCACCUCUAUUCAUCCAGUAAUGACAUUGAUGGUUUGUUUCGGUAUUACCGAACAGCAUAUUUUAACACAAACAAAGCGCCUUUUAUAAGACGAGUUACUUUCAGAAAAAUGUCAGUAGUGUUCCAUCGAUCAGCUGGAAAGAUGAUUUUAAAAAGUUUCCUGGCAGCUAUAGUGUUAUCUUUUGCUUGGAUAAAGUCAGUUGCGGGCGGCACGUCGUACUCAAAUGUUUACAUGCAAAGUGGUCCAAGUUUGGGUUUCUACGGCCCUGCGGCUUUAAGAAGUGCACAACUCACGCCUCUAUCUGCUGCGCCUCUCAUGUCAAGUUUGUUACCGCCUUGUGUAUCACCGUGUGUCGUUCCUACUCAACAAGUGGCUGCAUUAACACCAGUAGCAACCAGUAGUGCCAAUUUUGUCACGUAUAAGUCUCCGAUAAGAGUCCCAGUUGUUGUAGCGCCGAGUAAUAAUGAUGCUACGAGCUACGAGUAUUCCUAUGUGGUUUAUGAUGAGGACACUGGUGAUCAAAAAGCUCAAAAAGAAACAAGUGACGGCUCCGUAGUGCGGGGACAAUACUCACUAAUUCAGCCUGAUGGAAAUAUCCGAGAGGUGCAGUACACUGCUGAUGAUCUUACAGGAUUUAACGCAGUUGUUAAGAACUUUUUACCCGGAAACGAAGCUAAAUCCAUCUCACCAUGCCCUGAAAUAAAAAGCGAACCGCUAAAAGAAGCUCAAGAGAAAAAAGAUGAAGCACACGAACUCGAACCUGAAGUUCAUGAAGAACAACAUGGUCAUGAAGGUGAAAGCCACGAAGAACAUGAGGCCCAUGCAGAACCAAAACAUGAAGAACAUGGUCACAAAGAACAUGAAAGUCAUGAAGGGCAUUCAGAACCUGAAAAGCAUGACGAUCAUGGAGGUCAUGGAGAAACUAAAAGUCAUGAAGAGCACGGGGGACAUGAGGAACAUGAAAGUCACGAAGAACCCGCGAAACAUGUGAGCCAUAAGGAGCAUGAAGAGCACGCAGGGCCAGAGGGUCACGAAGAACACGGCGAAACUGAAGAGCACAAAUCCCAAGAAGAGCACGCAGAACCAGAAAGCCAUGGAGAAUCUCACAUUGCUGAAGAACAUGGGGGUGAAGAAAAGGAAAAGCCGAGAGCAACACAGAGUGUUGAAGUAUUACCGAUCGUUUCAGAUGCACUUGUUUCUUACAACGACGUCAUUAAGUGCAUACAAUCUGCCAUUAAUCGAGCGAAUACGCCACAACCGUUAGCUUCUCCACUUACGUACAUUGUAUUGAAUAAGCCCUGUUAAGUACAGCUGUUUCAUAAAUCUUUUUUUUUUCAAAAUUGAAAUUACCGUCUAGUCUCGGAGUCAAAACUUUAUGUUACCAUAUUCCAUACUAUAACUUAUACUAUUUUUCAUUUGAAGUUGUAUAAUAAAAUUACAGAAAAAAGUUACUGGAAUUAAAACUGUAACAAAUA